GCCCCCCACAGCCUGCCACCAAAGAGCGUACUGGAGGCGGAGGGGCAGCAGCCACCAGCCCGCUCCCCGCCUCCCGCACAGAGUCUCGGUCAGCAUGGGGGUGACAGGUGCCAAAGGAUUACCCUGCUGUGGCAAAGAUUCGGUGGACAUUAUGGAUUCACAGGGUGCCAUAAACCGAAACCAGUUCCAGCCAAUACAAGAGGAAGAUGACAUGGAGCUGGAGGACGAAUUGCUAGGGCCAGAGGUUCCCGAAGAAGAGGUCCCUCGAGUGGAGCCAGAACAGAAGCCCAAGCCCUUCCCACAGGCAGAGCCCAAGGCCAAACAGGAAGACCCCAAGCCCCAGGAGUACAGGGAAGAGUCCCCCCAACCCUACGGAGACGGGCUAGCAAAGCCAGGCAUCAGACAGCUGAGCAUGAGGUCCAACUCCAGCUACGUGAGUUCCGUGGACGAGGACUACCACUCCAUCCACGUGCAGACCUCCAGGCACCUCUUCUGGGUAGACAGGCUCAUCCAGGUGUCAGAACACAGCCUGCAACCAGUGAUCAGCACGCAGCCCAUCCAGAAGAGCACAGAAGAGCCCACCAGAGGCCCAGCCCAACAGACGGUCCCCAAGGACCCUGGGAGCUCCAAGAAGCAGAGCCAGGACCCCAGCGCCCAGCAAGGCCCUCGAGACAAAGCCUCCCAGAAGACUCCAAGCCCCGAGCCGUCCUUCGGCGUGCCCUCCAUGGGCCUGGAAGAGCUGAUCAAUUUUGCAUCAACCCUGGCCAUGGCCUCCUCCAGCAGGAAGGACUUGCCCAGCUUGCGGCACAUGAUCAAGACCACACCCCAGAAGACCAUGCCACCUCCCACAGAGCCCGCCGUGGAUCACGCUGCCCAGCCCACCAUGGAUGAGCCAGAGCAGGAAAAUCUCACAACGGAUGAGAAGCCACCAGAGGAACCAAGAGAAGCCAGGGAACCUCAGGAUGCCCCAAAGCAAGAAGAUAAGGACGUCCCUCACCCUUACCUUGACCUCGGCAAGCCAGGGCUCAAGAGGGCCACCAUUGAAGGGGAGCUGAAGUUUCUCCAGUCCCUGCCCAAGUCCCCUCAGCCAGAAGGAGCUGCAAAAGACUCGGUGCCGGGAACCAUGAAAGGGAAUCCAUUAUUCCUGAAAAUCCAUUUUAAGCUGUCGUCCCCCUCCUCCCCAGAGAAAUGACUAGACAAAACCAGUAAAGCCUCCAGUGCUGGC